UCGACCUCAGCAUCCGCUGACUCCGUUCUGUCAUUUUACAUGGCCUGUUUGUAGCAGCAGUUUGCAGGCCAUGGUGUUUGGUUUUAUACACCUGUGACCAUAGAAGUGAUUGGAACACCUGAAUUCAAUGACUGGAUGGGAUGAAGCCAUCGUCCUGUGACACGUUCGUGGCUUUACCUCCGUCUACCGAGGGCCAGCGCAUCAUCUUCGGGAAGAACUCGGACAGACCUUGCGAUGAAGUCCAAGAGGUGGUCUACUUCCCCGCCAAGGACUACAGUCCAGGCGAAAAAGUAGAGUGCACGUACAUAGAGAUAGAGCAGACAGCCCAUACCUAUGCUGUAGUGUUGAGUAGACCAGCUUGGCUCUGGGGAGCCGAAAUGGGGGCAAAUGAACACCAGGUCUGCAUCGGAAAUGAGGCUGUGUGGGGGAGAGAAAGUGCUGACCACGAGGAGGCUCUGCUGGGAAUGGACAUAGUCAGACUGGGUCUGGAGAGAGCAGACACUGCAGAGAAGGCUGUGGAUGUGAUCGUGGAGCUGUUGGAGAAAUAUGGGCAGGGAGGCAAUUGCAUGGAAGAUGAGUGCACGUUUACCUACCAUAACAGCUUUCUCAUAUGUGACCGCACUGAAGCCUGGGUGGUAGAAACCUCUGGAAAAUACUGGGCAGCAGAAAGAGUUGAGAAUGGAUAUCGGAACAUUUCCAACCAGUAUUCCAUCACCACCAAGAUUGAUAAGGAGCACCCAAGGAUGCGUCAGUAUGCACAGGAGCAGGGCUGGUGGGAUGGAAAAGUGGAGUUCAGUUUUGCCGAGGUUUAUUCCUUUCUGACCAAAGGCCGUAUAGAGGCCUCUGGCAGCCGUUACUGCGAAGGCCGCAGGCUACUGGAAAAAAGCAAAGGUCAUAUCACAGCUGAGACCAUGAUGGACAUACUAAGAGAUAAAGAGAGUGGCAUUAAUAUGGAGGGCAUGUUCAUGACAACAGGAAGUAUGGUGUCUGUGAUCCCUAAGGAUCACUUAUUCCCUGGGGUCCACUUCUUCACUGCAACACCUGACCCAGAAAGAUCUGUUUUUAAGCCAUUUAUCUUUGUGGCUGACAUAAAGCAGCUGAAGCACACAUGUUCUCCAUGUUUUGGGGAGGAUGACCCAGUAAAGAAGAAACCACGCUUUCAGAGUAAACCUAACCGUAAACACUCUCUAUUCAUAAAGCAUGAGGUGGUGGCUGCCAUAAUAGACAGCACAAGGGAGAAAGGCCAGAGGAUCGUCCAGAAAAUGAGAGAGCUGGAGAAGCAGAAAGUGGCAGAAAUGGAGCAGUACCUGACAAGAGGCGUGGAAGAUUCAACACUGCUGGUCCAUCUGUUCUCAAAUACUGUUGAGGAAGAGAUCAGCACUUACAACAAAGCCUGAGCCAGACUGAUGAACUCUUUGAAUCAAAGUGGUUAUUAAAAAAUUACGAAUUUAUAACUAUUUCAUGAUUAUAAAUCAUCAGUAUGCCAGCUUAACUUGGCAGCCAAAAUUUGCACAUUGUAAAUCGAAUCAUUUAUGUACAUUAUCUUUGAAAAUAUGUACAGAUACAAUAGCACACUAAGCCGGGUAUAAAAAAAAAAAUUACCUUUCAUAGGAAGACUUCAUGUCAGUCCUUAAUAUCAGCAAGAAUGGAUCAUCAACAGUUAUCACAUAUGCUAUUUUUUUUGUAUAUAAGGAAAUUGUUAAGCAGCCCCCUAUACUUAAUACAUAAAUAAAAUAAUGUACAUUAACACAAAAACUUGGAGAAAUAGUUUAUUAAUGAAAAUAUCAAAUGUGUGGCAAAUGUAAUGUCAAAAUGGCAUGAACUGUACUACUCUGAUAAAAUAAGUAACACAAAUAGUCUCUCUGCAACUAAACAAGUUUUAUACAAUAAGUUGGAAUUACACAGUGUUAGUGUCAUACCGCCUGAGUUAAUCAAGUGACAGAACACACUUCCUCUCUCAGCUUUGGCUUUGAGAAGGUGAAACAAUAUUGACCAUUAAAACCUCAAUAAUUCAUUUUCUUAUGGCUCCAUCCUACAGUGUAGCAGAGGUGUAAGAGAAAUAUUGGGGAAAAGUUUUGAAAUUGGAGUCAUAAGUUAUAAUGUUUAUGUUAAAGCAGUAGGCAUGGAGUUCUGGAUAAAGUAAAGUAGAGAAUAUCUAGUUUUACUUGCCUUUCAAUAUAAGCAUAUUUUGUUUGUUUCUGGUUUUAAAAGCACUUCAUGUUUAAUGUUUCAUGCUAGCUAGUCUGGCUAUACUAAACACUGAUACAGUUAAAGAAAAUUGUAUCCGUGCUCCGGAACCCUGAGGGAGAAGCGGCUUAGAGUGUGAGUGUGAGUGUGAGUGUGAGUGUGAGUUGCAAAUAAAGGAACCUUUCACAAUGUGA